AUGAGUAAAAUAGUGUUUAAACAUCAACCAACAGAACCAGUUUCCAUCAGCAUUGCCGGAAACUUCACAAAUUGGGAAAUAGAGUCUAUGGUCUUCAACGACCUGGAAAAACAGUGGGAAUUCGAGAUUGACAAUAAAGCGCUCGAUAAGUGUCCACACCAGGACGGGAAAAUUCACACAUUUUUCAAAUUUGUUGACUCCAACGGUACAUGGUUUACCGACGACAAUUUUGCAAAAGAGAUCGAUGAACACGGGAAUGAAAAUAACGCUUUGUAUUUGUCUGUAGCGGGAACUGCAUCGUUGGAAACCCCAGAACAGCAGGACGAAAUUGAAAAUGAAGACCAAACAGAACAGAUGAUCGAAACUCCCGUGAGUCCCAAUCCCACACCGGCAAUUCCUGUAGCGGAAAAUUUGGGUGAUCCGAACGUUGCUCCGUCCAUUGCUCAACGUGAAGAAUCGCCUGUCCUGAUAAAUGAGUCAGAUUUGGAAGAACAGUUUCAUGAGACUGAAGAACAGGGAACAAAAUCCGUGGUGAGAAGUAGCCAGGCCAAUUCGAGCUUGGAUGCUUCCACUAAUAAGGAUCCCAAAGAAUACAAGAACUUCUUGCAAAGCUUCAUAUUCUUUUUCCGCAGUCUUUUCUACCGCUGGUUCAGCGUAGACAAAAGAUCAAAAUAA